GACGCUGACACCAGCAGCCGCAGGGGCUCAUCGCUCAUCCCUUCCCAGGCACAAAGAAUGAUGGAUUUCAAAGAGGAAAUUAAACCCAUUUCAGAUACUUGUAUUAGUGAGACCAGUUCUGGAUUGUCUGUAAGAGCAGGGAUGACAGAUCUUCAAGGACCACAGAUGCUUCCUGAGCUACCUGCACUGGCAACCCAGGAGACUCACCACAUCUUUGUCAGUUAUAGUAACAUCAAUUCAGCCUGGGCGAGGAACCUUAUCCAGAGCCUAGAAGCCAUGAUUCCGAAUCUGAAGGCCUGUUAUCAUGAGAGGGACUUUAUACCAGGUAAAACAAUAAUUGAAAACAUGGUUGAGGCCAUUCAAGGAAGCCAGAAAAUUGUCUUAGUCCUCAGCCCUGACUUUGUCCAGAGUCGGUGGUGCCUUCUGGAAGCCAAUCUCUCUGUCUUCCAAGACUGUUUAGAAAGCAAGCCAGUGAUCCCCAUCAUGCUGGUGCCCUGUUUUGUGCCAAUGCACCUCACUCAUUUGACUUACAUUGAUGCCAGUGACACCCACUUUUUGGAUAAGGUUAUCAAGGUCAUUUGCACUCCCAACCAUCAGAUGAAGAAAGCCACCAUGGUUCCUUAUAGCCCUCCAUCCCUUUACAAUGGGAAACCCCUCCUGGCCCUACCUGCAGUGGAUGAUCAGGUCAUUCCAAGAUGCAGAGGAGGCACAUUCAGUGAGGCACUGCCUGACCAGCUGAAGAUAAUCUGUGAAGAUACUGAGGUCUACAGAAAGGCCAUCCGGAUGAUUAAUGAGGUUGUACAAAAGAGAUGGGACAAGUGCUCACCUCCAAGUCUAGUCUUGUCAGUGUCUAUAAGGAGUUGCUGUGCUGUAAAUGAGUGUGGGGUAGAGUGCUAAUGAAAAGGGCAGCAGUGGGCAGCGCAGAGCAGCAGUGGAAUCACCAGUGACCAGUGUGGAUUCUGGAAAUUCAUCCCUUCUGGACACCAGUGUCUUUAGAUGGAUGCCAUCAGUGAUGCACCCCUUUAUUUCUGGCCUGGAGAGCUCCAGCUGGGGAACAACAGUGGUCUGUCAGAAGGACAAAUCCCUGACUUGUCCUUUUCAGGGAUGACAUUUUUAGUCCACAAAAAGCAUUUUACAAGGCUGAUUUCUGCCUACAUCAAGAUGUUCCUUCUCUCUUCUGCACCUCAGCGACCCUCUGGACUUCAGUGGAUCAUUGGUUAUUUUCAGGUGGUAGUUGUUGGGUAUAUACAGUUACAAGAAAAGGGAAGGGGUGUCAUGCAAGGGGCCUGACCUACUGUGUCAGGGAAAGAAACCCGGGGCAGUUGUACUGACGUACUGCUACCACUGGGCAUCACAGAUUGUGCGACUUCCCAGACCAAAAUUGCUGGGUCCCAGACAUUCAAUCACGUUGUUGCCACUCCUGCUGCUGGCCUGCCCAGCCCAGAAAUAAUAGAGACAUCUGUCCAGAUGCAUCUUACCUGGAGACCUAACUGAGGCCUCUCAAGUCUUAAGUGCACUUCAGCUGAAAGUUUUAUUUAUUAAAAAAAAAAAAAGGAUGAUAUUUUCCACCCAAUGGACAAAUUCAGCUUGGAUCCUGGAAAGCAAAUCUGGGCUCUUAAGCAUUCCUGUCCUAAACUAGUGGCUUAUCAUUUACAUGAUGAACCAAUCCAUUUGAUUUAAAGACGACAAACACGUUGUUGUUUAUAGUAACUGGUAACAGCAUCAGCUUUAUAUCCUACAGGUCUGCUGGCUUUGCAUAUGCAAAAGAGUGAGGAAAUCCCUGUGUUAACACUCUCCAGUUUUGUGGUUUUGGCUGCCAACAUAUGCCAUGAUGUAAUAGCUAAGCAUGAUUUGUUUCUUGUUUUUCUACUGCAUAAAAUAUUUGCAGAUUGCUGUAUGGGUAAAUGGACAUAGUUUCUUUUUUCUAAUGAAACUGGUAAUCGGAAAGAUAAACUUUGGUCAAAACCGAUCAAAACCCACCAUCAUGCUGUCUGAAAGGGUAAGAUUGGGUAGAGAAGAGAAGAUUCAGGGGGAUCUUGUCAAUAUGUAUAAAUACCUGAUGGGAGGGAAUGUGAAAAAUGGAGCCAGACUCUUCUCGGUGAUAUGCAGUGAAAGGACAAGAGGCAGUGGGCAUAAACUUAAAUACAGGAAAUUCCACUUAAACAUGAGAAGAAAUCCCCUUUUACAGUGAAGUUGAUUGAACAUUGGAACAGGCUGUCCAGGGAGGUUGAGGAGCCUCCAUCCAUGGAGCUACUCAAAACCCACCUGGACACUGCUCUGAGCAACCUGCUGUAGCUGACCCUGCUUUGAGCAGGGCAUUGGAUUGGAUGAUUUCCAGAGGUGCCUUCCAAUCUCAACUACUCUGGACUUCUGUAGUUCUGCAGUUUUGAUAUAGAUGAUCACCCUCAAAGCAGAAAGAAAUGGAUGAUUCACAGCUGAAUUGUUGUAUUACUACUAAAGAAAGCCUAUUUGUUACAUUAUAUAUAUAUAUUGCAUCCUAUAGUUUCCAGUAAGACCCACUUAGAAUUUUACUGAGGAUGUUACAUUUAGCUUUGUGUUACUGUUUAUAUAUGUCCUAGAAGUAGCUGUGUUCAUGUGCAAGUGCUAUGAUAGCAGGGGUGAAGGAAUGUUCAGAAAGACCUUCCCAUGAAAAACAACAACAGUAGUUUUAUGGGUAUAUAUUUCACAACACCUGAAGAAAGGAAGGAAGGAGAAUCCAAGGGCUCACCACUUGUGCCCAUCUGCUGGCACCUGAGAUGAGGAGAACUGGGUUUGUCAGAAAGAGCAUCUUCCCCAUAUGUCCGUUAACCGUGCCUGCUCUCUCUGCUUUGGCAUCAUGUUUCCAGCAGUCUGAGUGGCCAAGGAGCAGCUUUCCAUCACAGUCACUGAUCCAAGUCUGUUAUUCAUCCCACCAGUGGCUUAUAUAAUGGCUUGUGUUUGAUCUGAAAACGAAUACAAAUGGACAUGAAGAGUACACAGGGAGAAGCCAGUCGCUCUCAUAUCUUCCAUUUGAUUCCCUGUCUUCCUUCCUUUAGUGUGACCACAAGUGUGCACCUUAUCUCCUAGUCUACUGAUUAAAAAGCAGAACCACCUCCUUCUGCAGCUUGAUAAACUGAACAUAUUGAGCAAAUAAUAUGUAUGUCAAAUAAAUAAAUUACCUGCCAUAUUUUUAUUGGAAGGUUAUGGAUUUUCAUUGUUUCAAUAUCUUGCUUUCACUUUUGCAAAAUGUUCAUCCUUGUUUGCAA